AACCUCAGAACCUCCCGGAGGCCGCCGAAGUCCACAGAAGAGACUCCAGGACAGACGCAGACGGAGGCAGCCUGCGCAGCCGAGGUGCAGAGCUUGGACGAGGCCUUCGCCAACGAAACCAAGCCCACCGAUGCCGCGCUGGCCGAGCGGCAGCAGCGGCAAGGCGGCCAGAGCCGAGCCGCACGGCAGGCCGGGACGAGCGGCCGCCGCGGCGGAGAGGGCGCGAGCGGCGGCGAGGCCCUCGAUCCGCCGCUAGCUGCAGGCCAGCUGGGCCAGGAGGACGCCGCGCGGGCGGGGGCCGGCCCCGCUCCGCGCACGGCCGG